AUGCCGUCGGUCGAAGCUGUCAAUCAGAGUGAUGAUGGCCUGCACCGUCAUACUUCGCCGGAUGCGCUGGACUCGCAGUCCAAACUACCCCAUUCGGUGACGCAUGGCAUGAGAUCGGCAUCAAACUCUUGGUUUCCGAUGGGCAUGAGAGAAGGCUGGAGUCAAUGGUGGCGAAAGGCGCCCGCUGCAGCGGCAGAGCACAAAGUCCUUUCAUGCAUUCCCUACCUCCGAGAGGCCCCUACUCAGCGACAAACAGGCAAUGCUGCGAGCGCUCCCAAUUCUCCCACUGCGACCGACAGUUUGCAGACAGCCGAUCCUACUCAAUCCGGCGAUGAGGCUAUAAACUCCAACGAUGACCCAUACGGGCCUCGUCGCUGGCGCUCACGGAUGGUUGAGCUAAGCGGCAAGAAUCGGGCCCUUAACGAGUUCUCUGUUGAACGUCUGAAUGAGACAGUCGAUCAAAACCUUGUGAUUCUGCACGGGUAUGGUGCUGGCCUUGGUUUCUUCUACAAAAAUUUCGAGCCAUUGAGUCGCGCGAAAGGUUGGCAGCUUUAUGCGUUGGAUAUGCUGGGUAUGGGCCGCAGCACACGGCCGCCGUUCAAGAUCAAGGCGACUGAUCGCCAAGAAGCUAUUACUGAGGCGGAGAAUUGGUUCAUUGACGCGCUGGAGGAAUGGCGAGUGAAACGCAAGAUUGAUCGUUUCACGCUAAUGGGCCAUAGUAUGGGAGGUUACCUAGCUACCGCAUACGCUCUUAAAUACCCUGGUCGCCUGAACAAGCUGAUUCUCGUUUCGCCGGUGGGGGUUCCGGAGAACCCAUAUGCCGUUAAUGAGGCGAUGCCGGCGCCCUCCGAGUCCACUACGGGGGGAAAUGAUAACGGUAGUUCUCUAAAUGGACGUCAGCCAGAUUCAGCCGGUCCUCCACGCCCCCGCUUAGGGCGCUUCAUUACUUACCUCUGGGAUGCUAAUGUCUCCCCCUUCAGCUUCAUCCGCUGGUCUGGUCCUCUCGGCCCACGACUAGUUUCAGGCUGGACUUCUCGACGAUUCGCACAUCUACCGGCCGACGAAGCAGCAGCUCUACAUGACUACACAUACUCUAUCUUUCGACUUCGGGGCAGUGGCGAGUAUGCGCUCACAUACCUACUGGCACCUGGAGCAUUUGCACGAAGCCCCCUAAUUAACCGAAUUCAAGGCUUAGGCCGACAGGUCAUCCGGCCCAAUUCGCCCGCAGCAAUGCCACAUUCAUCAUCCAACUCAACUCCAGGCAUACCUACGCCAUCCGCGGGCUUACCAAACGAGGCUCGUUCCCAAAAUGAAAACGGCAUGCCUGUCGUUUUUAUGUAUGGUGACCACGACUGGAUGGAUGUCGCUGGUGGUUUCGCGGCGAAAGAAAAGCUGGACGAGGCAAAACGUCAAGCACUAAAGAACGCCACCGCCGAACAACGCCAGGCGGAUAAUGGCUCUGCCAAAGUUAUCAUCAUCAAGAACGCAGGCCACCAUCUUUAUUUAGAAGGAGAUAAAGAGUUUAAUAAGAUUGUCCUAGAGGAGAUGGAGGAUGUGCGACGAAGAGAGGCGAAACGUCAAUCAUAG